AUGGUGCGAAACUUGUCUGGGUUGAGGAGGACAAGUCUGGUUACAAGUCCGACGGCCGACGUGUAUGGCGAUGUGGGGUAUUCAACGCUGCCAUCGGACGUGGUAGACUGCCUGAUUGUCAGAUGCGACGGAUCAGACGUUCAAGAGAGUACUUCUUCAAGUUUCGGGUCUCCGGAGUGGCUGACGCCUUCCCAUAAUCCUUUCUCAGCGUUCCAAGUCCGAUCAAUUGGAGCACCUCCCGUUGAAGCUGGCACUUCGACCACGGUCGAAGUUGUUCCUGCUGACGAUGCUCGAUCCCUUGUCACAAGAAGCCUCAGUUUGGGUCCGUCGAUGAUAGAACACCCGGACCUCCCCUGGCAGGAAAAGAUGCUAUUUCAUCACUAUGUUCAACAAGUGGCCAGCAAUAUGUUACCAUUCCAACAUUCGCGGAACCCUUGGAAGUCGUACUACCCCGCGGUAGCCCUGGGAAGCUCUUGCGGUGACCAGAGGUCGUUGUACCACGCGAUGAUUUCGCACGCUGCAUUUCACCUGGCGCAACUUGGGGUGACCCAACAUGAGGAAUUCUCGGCAAUUGGCACGAACCGUUAUACCACUGCAAUAAGCGAGCUUCGGUCAACUCUCGAAGUUGAGCCUGGCGAGUUCGCUACCAUCAUAGGCUCAAUAUUCUCUUUGAUGUUUGCAGAGGUGCGUCUCAGUUCUCCCAUGACUUCUUUGACCGUCGUAACAAGGGAACAGGUCUAUUCCGGUCGGUCUCGGAAAUGGCGCUAUCAUCACAAAGGAGCAUGGACCCUCGUUCAGCAGCAUCGUGACAAAAUCCUUUGGGAUACAACCGAGCUUGCAAGCGUUUCCUUGCAGUGCCUCAACAUUAUCAAGAUCAUUGGGGAAACCGCAACGGGUGUUAUCAGCGACUUGGACAGUGAAGAAUCGCUCGACAGUCCCUUGCAAGACUCAGACACCAGCCUGGCGUCGUUGAUCGCAGCUACACCAGCGUUUGGAUUUACGCUGGGGGCCAGUAAGCCCAUAUUAGACUGCAUAUCUAAAAUCAACAGGCUCCAGCAGAAUGCGAACCAGUGGAAUAACGAGUCAUUUUCUCAGAGAGACGACAUGCUGGAGGAUAUUCUCACGCAGCUGAAUUCCUGUCGGCGCAAAACCCUACAUUCACUGCAAGCGGAAGAAACCAAUUCACCACUGGAUCCGACGGAAGACACUCCCGAAGUCUUGCAUCAAGUCAAAGCCUUUCUUUAUGCUACUUAUGUUUAUCUCUACCGUACCAUAUUCGAUUCGCCACCUGCGAAUGUGAGAAACUAUGUCUCCGAAACGCUUCAUAAUGUUGACGCAUUCUAUGCCAAGAGCAGCGGCAACUUCUCCAUCUGGCCAGCUUUCAUUGCUGCGGUGGAAGCAUACACCCCUGAGGAUGUAGAGGCAGCCCAAAGAUGGCUCCUUCGCUCUACGUGCUACGGCAUGGGCAAUCGACAAGCACUUCGUGCAGUAGUUGAGGAGGUUUGGAGAAGGAGGGCUCAAAUAUCUGAGCUGGUUGGCGUAGAACGAGGUGUGAUUGCAGUGGAUUGGAGAAAAGUCAUGAAAGAUAUGAAUUAUGAUGUUUUGAUAGUGUGA